CACACCGCCCGCAUGCUGGUACGAAGUAAAUUGCCGUUAUAAUUGCCAUUAUUUAAUUUAUACACGCGCGUGAUGUAUAUUUCUUUUGAUUGAAGACGCGUUGAAAAUAAAGUGAUUAUAUUGAAAAAUAUACAGCUGUGCAUUAUAAAAACAUUGCCACUCAAAAUGGCUUGCAGUAUUGCUCCUUCGGCUGCAAUGGAGCCAAAAACUGUGGAGUGGGCGAGAAUAAGAUAUUUGGAAGGAGAAUUUCUCGAUAAGAUUGAAACAAUCUCAGUUCGUAGAUUGAGAAAAACAUUUGUUUCUACAACAUUUGAUAAGUCAAAAAAAUAUUUCAUGGAUGAUUCAACAAAAGUGCAGAUUUUACACUUGGCCACGACCCUUGAAGAAAUGGAGGAAAAAAUACAAAAAAGUGCAAGAACUCGAAAGAUUCCAGUGAACCAAUUAACUACCGAAAGUGAAGCAGAUCCAAAACCUUCUACAAGUGGUAGCAAGUCUAGCAAAUUCAUCCAGUCUUCAGCUAAUGGUCGUGCUAGCCAAGAAAAAAGAGAUUACGAUUUUGCUAAAUUGAUCAAUAUGAAAGUUGAAAAUAUUCAAGCCAUGAGAGAGAAAAUAAAGGCUAAAGCUAAUCAGAAGAAACAAAGUUCCGUAAUAGAUGAAAAGACAGAUGACGAAAGCAUGAUUAAAAAGAUGGAUAACAAAAUAAAAAAGAGACCGUUAAGUACAACAGUUUAUUCUGAAUCAGCAACUUGUAGUAGCGAUCCGAAAAUGUCCAGAUUUAGUGAAUCAGAUGGAAAAGGCAAAAAUACAGAAUUAGAUAUGGAUAAUACCAAUAACAAUCAGUCUGAGAACAAUAUAUCUGUCAAUUUUGACUCCACCAAAAGUGCAAAUGGCAGAGUUGAGGAGUCAUCAACUAGCAAUGACAAGACAAUGAUAGAACUGACGAAUAAAAUAGAAAAUCAGCAGAAGAAAUGGAAAGAAUUAAAAGAGAAAUAUGAUAAAGUUAAAAAAGAAAAAGAGAAAUUCAAAAAGAAAUAUGAUGCUUUAACUGAAGAUUAUGCCAAUCUUUUGAAAAAUAAACAAGAGACGGAUGCUUUGAAUCAUAACUUGCAAACAGUUGUUAUUGACUAUUUCGAAGAACAGAAAAUUGUAGAAAAGCAAAUAAAAGAUUCUGCUGUCAAUCCUACAAUUGACCCUUACAAUCUUCCUAUUGGACAUAAGUAUCAAAAUGGUGAUAUUCACCUUGGCAACGGCUUCAGGCAUCCUCAAGAAGUCAUGACAAAUGUUUUGUGUUCUUCAAUAAAACCUGGACAACUUGUGGGAAAUUUGUUAUUCUCCGUUUUCGGCGAAAAAACUCUUUUAGAAAGCACGAGAACUGGCAACAAUAGUAAUAAGAGUGCCAAAGAAAAAUUAGGCAAACAAUUCAAGCCUUUGGAAAAAGGCAAACUUCUAGCAGUAAAAAGCUAUUUUGGCCAUUGGCUGAAAACCUCCUAUUUGGAGUUUCUGGACGAUCAAGAAAGAAAGAUUUUCGAUGCAUCUAAAGAAUUCAUGAAAUUUAAUAGUUACGUGAUGACAAAAAUUUCAAACUUAAAAAGAGUCAGAGAGGAAUCUAAAAAAGAUUUAAAAAAGAAAAGAGAUAAAAGUAAGUCACCAGAAGUGGAUCAGCACGAGAAUACCACUGACAGUACGGCCCUGAAUCGAAUAGAUUCUUUGCUUUUCGUUGAGGAAAAGAACGAUGCAGAUACCGGUUCUGAAGUGAGCGUGUCAGAGUUAUUUUCUGAAUACGAGGAAGACGAUGACUCCUUGGAAACAGAACAAUCUGACAAAUAA